GUGUGUGAAGAUGAGAAAUACACCAAACCUGCUGUCAUUUACAGAGGUGAAAAUGCCGGGAUGAAAAUGAUUGAAUGCUUGUUACAAGAGCAGGAGGAAAUAAAAGAGAUACUUUCAACCAUUGAACCUAUGCAUUUGACAGAAGAACACGAUGACCUCAUUGAAAACGCCACACACUGCUGCAUUUGUAAAAAAGAUUUCUCCAUUAAUGAUAAGGGCUAUGGAAAAAUAGUCAGACAUCAUAACCAUCUGACAGGGGAGAUCAUUGGUCCAGCUUGUAACAAGUGUAACCUUAAUUGUGAGCAGGCAAAAUUUACUCCUGUGAUAUUUCAUAACCUGAGAAACUUUGACGCGCAUAUUUUAUGCGAAAGCCUCGGCCUGUUUAAAGACUUUCCUCUCAGAUGCAUUGCUCAGAAUUCUGAACGUUAUGUCAGUUUUUCUCUCGGUAAGCUUAGAUUUAUCGAUAGCUUCCAGUUUCUUCCCGCCUCAUUAGAAAGUUUGGUAGACAAUCUAGCGCAAGAUGGAUUACAAGCGUUUCCAUCCCUUCUGUCAGAAUGCAACUCUGAGGAGGAAGCCGAGCUCCUGCUUCGAAAGGGAGUCUAUCCUUAUGACUAUAUGGACUCCUUCGACAAGUUUGACGAGUCAUCACUACCAUUAAAAGAAGAGUUCUAUUCCACCAUUAAAAAAGAACAUAUUUCGGGGGAAGAUUACGAUCAUGCGCAGGCUGUUUUUGAUAGAUUUAGUAUGACGUCAUUAGGAGAGUACCACGAUCUCUAUUUGAAAACGGAUGUACUGUUACUGACUGAUGUAUUUGAGUCCUUUCGAGAGGUAUGCUUGACACAGUAUGAGCUGGAUCCCUGUCAUUUCUAUACAUCACCAGGUUUAUCGUGGUCGGCUUUACUGAAGAAAACGGAAGUUCAGCUGGAAUUACUCACAGAUAUUGAUAAAAUACUCAUGGUGGAGGCUGGCAUUCGCGGAGGUUUGUCACAGAUCUCCAAUAGAUACAAGAAGGCCAACAAUCCAUAUCUGGAGGAAUAUGACACAUCUAAACCCCUGACCUACUUACAAUAUUUAGAUGCCAAUAAUCUCUACGGGUGGGCUAUGGUACAGCCCCUUCCCAUAAGCGACUUUAAUUUCAUGGAAAAAGAAGAAAUUGGAAACUUUGAUGUCAUGUCUAUUCCAGAGACUGGAGACUUUGGCUAUAUACUUGAGGUAUCACUUCACUAUCCUCACAGGUUACAUGACCUUCACAAUUGCCUCCCUUUAGCGCCAGAGCAGAAGGUUAUCUCCAAUGAGCAACUCUCACCAUAUGCGCAACAAUUGUUAAGAAAAGUGUAUGGUUUAAACGAUGCUGAUCCAUUACCUACACGAGGUCAAGAAGGGAAGUUACUGGCGACUUUAGAGGACAAAAAUAAGUACAUCCUGCAUUACAGGAACUUACAGUUAUACUUACUGCUAGGGAUGGAACUCAAAGCUGUCCACAGAAUUUUAAAAUUCAGACAAGAAGCCUGGAUGAAACCUUACAUCGACUUUAAUACAGAGAUGCGUAAGAAGGCCACUUCCAACUUUCAGAAGAACUUUUACAAAUUGAUGAACGUUUCCGUCUUUGGGAAGACCAUGGAAAAUGUGAGGCGUCAUAAAAACAUUGAGCUGGUGCAUACAGAAGAAAGACUUUUAAAAGUCACUGCAAAACCAACCUACAAAAAUACAACCAUCUUCAAUGAAGACCUCGUAGCCGUUGAACUGCACAGAGCAAAAGUUGACUUGUUCAAACCUAUCUACUGUGGCAUGUCCAUACUAGACUUAAGCAAAUGUCUUAUGUACGACUUUUGGUACAAUUACAUCAAAAAGCGGUAUGAGCAAUCAGCUCAGCUUCAAAUGACGGAUACAGACAGCGUCUUAUUUUCUUGUGAAACUGAAGAUAUGUAUAAAGACAUGGAAUCCUCUGCAGAGUUCUUUGAUACGUCUGAUUAUCCAAGAGAACACUUCCUUCACAGCGAUAGGAAUAAAAAAGUUCUUGGCAAAAUGAAGGACGAGACCAAUGGGAAACCUAUUUCUGAAUUUGUUGGUCUUAGAUCUAAAAUGUACAGUUUUGUGUGUGAUAAAAAGGAAGAAAAACGUGCUAAGGGUAUCGCUAAGGUUACAGUAAAAAAGGAUUUGAAACACGCGCACUAUAAAAAUACUCUUUUAGAUGAGACCAGUGUUGUUUCUUCUAUGUCAUCCCUGAGGAGCCACAAGCAUGAACUUUUUGGCGAAACUAUUCAGAAAACGGGAUUAUCCGCCUUUGACGACAAGAGAUAUCUCAUUAAUGCGGUGGAUAGUUAUGCGUAUGGACACUAUAAAAUCUCUGACGAUAGUGUUGAUAUGGCGCCUGAAAGUGAUGCACAGACAUUUACAGUUGCGCCUGUAGAGGACUAUUCAACCAAUCAUGCUGCUCGUUAUCAAAUGCUAGAGGAAAAUGCAUUUACGAUUGGUGACUUUAAAAUCACUCCUUGUAUUAAACAGUAAAUACUCAUUUUGUAUCUAUGUACAAAUAAAUUAUAUUUCUAUUUAACAAAUGAACUAUACUAGAUAUCAAUAAAAUAAUGACAAAC